UUUUUGGUAAACGCUUAACUCAUUUAACCAAUAGAUUCUUCCUCUACAUAUUAUAGCCCACUCUAGCACUGAAACUUGUUACACCACCCACACCUGCAACUAGUUCCUCUAUCUCAUGGCACAAUCCGAUCCGGUGAAGGUACUCGACGUUUGCAGGGUAGCUCCGAUGCCUCACACCCCCAAUUCAACCGCCCAAACAUCGCUUCCUCUCACAUUCUUCGAUCUUUUGUGGCUGAGAUUCCCUCCAACGCAGCGCUUAUUCUUCUACAAAUUGUCAUAUCCGGAAACAACACGCAUAGAUACUAUCCUUCCUAAAGUAAAACACUCCCUCUCUGUCACCCUCCAACACUAUAUACCACUCGCCGGAAAUCUUACGUGGCCACUGGAUUCCGGCAAACCAAUUGUCCAAUACAAUGAAGGUGAUGCUGUGUCACUUACGGUAGCAGAGUCCGAAGCCAAUUUCUACCAGCUCUCAGGAAACAGUUUCCGCGAAGCAAAAGAACUCCAUCAUUUUCUCCCAUACUUAUUGGCAUCUCAAACAAGAGUGCCAGCUAUGGCCUUGCAAAUCACUCUUUUUCCAAACGCAGGGUUUUGCAUUGGAUAUGCCGCUCACCACACAGUGUUUGACGGCAAAUCGAUAGCCAUGUUUAUGCAUUCAUGGGCCUCCAUUUGCAAGCAUGACGGAGAAUCGACUCUAAUUCGUGAACUAAAUCCGAUCUAUGACAGGACCAUAGUCAAAGACCCAUCUGAUCUCCAAAAAGCUUACCUCAACGGUUGGCCUGAAGAUAAUGGAGCCAACGAAAGAAGCCUCGAGUUUUGGGACAUUGAAGCUCCACCGGAUGCGAUGUUAGGCACAUUUCAAUUGACAAAAGCAAACAUAGAGAGUAUCAAGAAGUGGGUGGAAGCUAAAUGGCAAGAGAAACAUACAGAGAAACAAGCAUUUCAUCCAUCAACUUUUGCAAUAACAAGUGCCUACACAUGGGUUUGCUUAAUCAAAACUAGGAAAUUAACGACCGAGAAAGUUCAUCUUGGAUUCAUGGUUGAUUGUAGGGCCCGCUUGGAACCUCCCAUCCCUUCUACGUACUUCGGCAAUUGCGUUACAGGUUGUUUCAUAGAUGCGGAUACAAACAAGUGCAUGGAAGAAGAUGGGGUCGCCAUAGCAGCUUGGGCAAUUGGUGAAGCUGUAGGAGGUUUGGAUGAUGGGGUACUAAAAGGGGCAAAAGAGCUCAUUCCUAAUUACCUUUCUAGACUGAAAGAGGGUGGUUUGGUGACUAUCGCAGGCUCACCUAGGUUUGAGCUCUACAAAACUGAUUUCGGGUGGGGGAGACCAAGUAAGGUGGAGAUGGUGUCAAUUGACAAAAGUGGAGCUUUCUACCUUUCAGAUUCCAGAGAUGGCAAUGGUGGGAUUGAGAUUGGGGUAGUAUUGAAGAAACAUGAAACUGAAGCUUUUGCUUCUUUGUUUGCUAGUGGUCUCGAAUAUCAUCAAGUCCGUGAAAAUUGAGAGAUUGAGGGCGAGUGAAUUUCAAGAGGAUAGUCUAAGUGAAUAUAUUCAAUUAUAUGAGACCCUUGUUUGAAAUUAAACAUAAUAUGUUGAUGGCUGCUGUUGGAGGCCGAUAUUGGAGGGGUAGACGGUUUAGUUGCUGCCGCUGGUAGGGUUUGGGGUUUUUCCCUUUAGAUGUGAACUUAUUCUAAUGAGUGUUUUCAUGGUUGGAUCUUUGUAAUAAUUUUAAAGAUUAAUAAAAAAAAUUGUUAAAAAAAA